AUGGAACCAUGUUCGACGCUGAUGUUGUUGUGCUUACAGAAGAAGGAGAUCUUGUCGACAUUCGAGCCGUUCAGCCAACUACCACCGCAGCUCGACCCUCAUUCAGACACCCCGAAGUCGAAACCCCCAGAGCUGUUCCUUGGCAUACCGCUCGACGAGGACUUCAUCGUCAACUACGCUGCCAAGUACGACUUACUUGUUUAUAUCGAUCAGCGCACGCUGGAUUUUGUGGGCUGGAAGCCUCGCCACGAAGUCACCCCCGAUCUCCUAAUCAGCCUUGAUGCAACAGCCGAUUAUGUGUUCAAGGACAUAAAGGCGUGCCUGUGGCAGCAUGUUCGCUUCGAGACCAGCUAUGGCAACCCUGAUCCCCGGAACUCAUGUAUGCCUUUAUGGGCGUUUUGCUCCAACUUCGAUCCGCUCGACGAGCGUCCGACAGCGGAGCACAUCGCUGAACUACGAAAAGAGCUCGGGCUGAGCGAUAUCAUGUGGUACUUAUCGACUUCCGCCUGA